UUAGUCAUCACCAAUUACAAGUCGUAGAAGUGUAAAUUCUUUGAUUAAGAAUAUUCAAUCUCAACUUUAUUUGUGUAUGGUAAAAGUUGAAAAUCGAAUAUACAUAACAAAAUUAACAAAAUUUAAUAAAACCAUAUUCAUAAAAAAUACAAGUAUUCUUUUGUUAUAACCUAUGUUACUGCAUCGGGAAGAGAAUGAUUUUACAUACAAAAAUAAGUUGAAAAGAAACAGUAAAAUUUUUCGUGAUUCGUGUCUUUAGAACUGGUAUACUAAGGAAAGACUUAAUGCUAGCCGCUAGAGAUCGAAGGAUUUCCUUCUCGCACACUGUUGCUUUCCUUGUCUAGCGUCAAUUAAAUAAGGAGAACACUAGCAUGCGACAAGGACAGACAUAUUGGCGCGGUAGACAAGGAAGGCAACAGCGUGCAAUAAGGACAGACAUAUACGCGUGGUAGACAAGGAGAGCAACAGCGUGCAACAAGGACAGACAUAUCCACGUGGUAGACAAAAAGGGCAAAAGCGUGCGAUAAAACAAUAUAAAUUAGUUCCGGCACUUAUCCUAGGAGUGAUUCACAUUGCAUGUUUAAUAGGAGAUUAUUUUACGUGUGAAAAUGUAGAUUGAAAUUUUUAUCGUAAAAUGCAUCGUUUUUAAGAAAAUCGAGUGAAAAUUUAAAAAUUUAUCAGGAAAAAAUAUAAGCAAGAAGAUUCAUAAUGGGAAUUCCUGGAUUAACUACUUUCGUGAACAAUCAUUCAGACAUCUAUUUAGAAUAUUAUGAAUUGCACAAUACAUAUUUAGUAAUUGAUGGAAACAAUGUUUGUUAUUCAAUAUAUAAUUCAUAUACGAAGAGUAAUUGUGCAUUUGGUGGUGAUUAUGAUAAUUAUGCGCAAUGUGUGACAAAGUUCUUCGAUGAUUUAUUAAAGUGUAAUGUAACUCCUUUGGUUAUACUUGAUGGUGGUACAGAAGAUAAAAAAUUGAGAACUAUUAUACAAAGGACUAGAGAAAGAAUUAAUGCUGCAUGCUCGUUUUGUCCACUUAGUCAAGAGAAUGCUAAAUCUAUUCCUUUGUUAUUAAAGGAAAUAUUCAGAGAUGUAAUGAGAGAAAAAAAUAUUCGACAUGUACAAUGUCUGUUUGAAGCUGACAAUGAUAUAGCGUCAGUAGCAAAAAUCCUGAAUUGCCCAGUGCUUAGCUAUGAUUCAGAUUUUUAUAUAUAUGGAGCUUUGUUUAUACCAUUUAAUUCAUUAGAUACUAAUGUAAAGAAAAAUCCAAAUGGAAAUGGUUAUAUGAAAUGUUGUAAAAUUUAUAAAGUUGAGAACUUGCUCAAAUCUUUCAAAGGAUUAAAUCAAACAAUGUUGCCAUUGGCUGCAGUAUUAUUAGGUAAUGACUAUGUGAAAUAUAAAAUAUUCAAGAAUUUUUUUCGUCACUUGAAACUAAGAGGUGCAUCAAACAAGAAGCGUAAUCAUCGACAAUGUUGUAUAGAAAGAACUUUGAUCUGGUUGAGUAAGCACACUUUGAACAAUGCUAUCACAGAAGUUUUAAGUAGGUUAAUUAAGCCUAUACGACUGAAAAUAUUAGAUUUAAUAGAAGUCAAUAUAAAUAGUUAUCUAAACAUAUCUACUGAGAUACUUAUACCUCUAGGUUUUCCAACAACUCGUGUAAAUAUAAAUCAUUUGAAUAGAAAUUUCAAAUUUAAUGGAGACAUCAAUACAUUGGCAUACAUUGAAGAAGGUUGCAAAGAAGAAAGUAGUGAAAAGGAAGAAGAAGAUGAUGAAAUAGAAAUAACAGAUAUAUUUGAUGAGUUCAAAUCAAUGUCUAAAAAUGCAGCUGUUAUUAAUUUACCUCUGUGGUUUAAAAAUGAAAUUCUUAUGAGUGAAUAUCCAUCAUAUUUUAUGGAUUUAAUAGUACGAUGUUCAUAUAUUUGCCCUGUACAAGUAGAAGAUUGCAGUUAUCCCUCCAGCGUUAUGGCAAGUUUAAAAAUUCUUAGUGUAAUAUUUGGAAUUUUAAAAUCACCAAUAGACGAUAAAUGUUAUAUGAAAUAUCUGGUAAGAAAUGAAAACAGAAAAAUGAAGUGGUGUACAUUAGAGGUUACAAAGAUUAUGAAUAUGUGUGAACUUCCUUCUUUAUUCAAUCUUAAAGAAAUCCCAUUACCUAUUCGUAGCAAGAUUUUAAAUAACACUUUGGGAAUUACAAAUAUGGAUUGUAUAAAUGAACUACCACCAGAAUGGAUGUUGUAUGUUGGAUGCAUCAAAUAUUGGAUGUAUCAACAGGAAUAUUCUACAUUUCAUAAAUAUUAUUUGUAUUCUAUAUUUAUUUCCAUGUUAUUUAACAUAAUAGAUUCCAAAAUUGGAAAAUAUAGAAAUAUGCAUAUCUUUCAGAACAAGUAUUGUCAAAUAAUCGAAACUAUAAAGCAGGAGAGGAAAAACGACAAUUAUAACUCUUAUACAAUGGAUAGUACAAUCAUUGAAGCCUACAAUGAAAUUGACCAUCAUGAUUGUGUAUUAGCAGCACCGUUUUUUAUUUCUCAUUUUAAAAUAAACAAAGAAUUAUAUACAAACCCAAAAAUAUUUAGUAGAUAUACUGUACAUGUUUUUGCAGAAUUUCAAAGUUGUGUGAGACAUGCCAUGCAUUUGAAUGCACUUUUAAGAUAUCCUUAUCCACACAUCAAAAUUGCAAAUUUAUUUAAUGGUACUCUGUUGUAUAAUCUGAGCAAUAAUUUUAAAACACGCCGUAAUAUUGAACAAUAUAUAAAUACUAUUCUUCAAACAUCUCCAAGCCUGUUAAGAUUAUUUCAUAUAUUUUUAUUAAAAAUUAAACCAAUGUUUUCACAUGUGCUUCAAGAUGAAAUCAAUCCUCAUAGAAAACAUAAAAAGAGACGUAAACGUUCAAAGUCUAACAAAAAUAAUUCAGCUACGAGUGAUUCUGAAUAUUUUAGUGCCGAUGAUAAUCUACAUGAUCCACAUUAUGAUUCAAAUAAUCGUUUCUCUAUACUUAACCUUGUAUAAAA